CAGACAGUCUGCUGUCGGACAGUAUCCUUCUGUUUCACAUUACAAUGAUAAAAGGCUCCUCUCUGCUGCACAGCUGCUCUCUACAUCUACUCUUCAGCUCCGUGUUGUUGUUUCCUGUCCGUGUCUAUCGGCGAGUAAAGUGCUGAUGACGCUGACGUAGCCAUGAACUCUCCCUGGUGGACUCUAACUUGUACCUGUUGACAGAACCCUGAAACACACCCUGAAACACCGUCAGCCAUGUUGGAUGCACCUGAAUAACAAGUAGCUGUGGAGGGGGCGGGUCUCCAGCUGUUCUGAGCUCCCAUCGACUACCUGCCAUGUUUGUGUUAGAAUGAGAAAGUGAGCAGGAGACGGCGAACAGAAGAGAGAGUGACGGGGGCCGCAGCGCUUGUGUUGGUUACAGAGAAGAAGAGCCGUCCAAUCAGGAGGCAGCCCGGCCCAGAGGAUGACCAGCCUGUUUAGGCGCAGCAGCAGCAAUGGCGGCUCCAGAGGUGGCGGCGGCGGAGGGCAGGGGCAGCUCAACAACAGUCGGUCCAAUAGGCAGGUCCGACGCCUGGAGUUCAACCAGGCCAUGGAGGACUUCAAGACCAUGUUCCCCACCAUGGACUACGAGGUCAUCGAGUGUGUGCUGCGCUCCAACAACGGAGCCGUGGACGCCACCAUUGACCAGCUGCUGCAGAUGAGCAUCGAUGGACAGGGCUCCGAUGACAGCUCUGACUCGGAUGACAGCAUUCCAGCAGAGAUUCUGGAUCGGACACUGGAACCUGACAGUUCAGACGAGGAACCGCCGCCCGUCUACUCUCCGCCAACGUAUGACAUGCACAUUUAUGACAGGAAGUACCCAGAAGCCCCGCCCACACCCCCACCCAGAUUUGAAGCUGAACCUCCUUCAGGUCACCAGCAGGUCAGAAGCUACAGGAACUGGAACCCUCCUUUGCUUGGAAACCUCCCAGAUGAUUUCCUGAGGAUCCUGCCCCAACAGCUCGACAGUAUUAAGAGCUCUCAGAGUAGCCUCUCUCAGCCUUCAUCAUCCUCCUCCUCUUCAGUGUCUUCAGUAAGCCAAUGGACAGCCGGCUCUGGGUCACUGUCUGGAGCUGCAGGGACCACAGGAGGUUCAGGUCUGAACUCAGGAGCAACAGAACAAGACAAGAAGCUGAAGCAGUAUUUAGAAGACGAGCGGAUCGCACUGUUUCUCCAGAACGAGGAGUUUAUGAGAGAGCUGCAACGCAACCGCGAGUUCCUCGUUGCCUUGGAGCGAGAUCGCUUGAAGUAUGAGUCAAAGAAAUCAAAGUCCAAUCAUUCAUCUAGCAUGGAGAGUUCCUCAGGAGAACAGUACUCUGCAGCUGCAAUGGAGGCCGUCUCCGACGACGCCAUGUUCAGGGACAAACUCAAACACAUGGGCAAAUCUACCAGGAAGAAGCUGUUUGAAAUCGCCAGAACGUUCUCGGAGAAGACGAAGAGGAGAAAGUCCAAACGGAAGAUGCUCCUGAAGCACCACUCAUUGGGUACAGCCAACUCUACAGCCAACCUCCUGGAUGAUGUGGAGGGAAACCCCUGUGAAGAAGACGGUCGGCCAAGAAGAGCUAACACUCAGGGAGAGAACGAAGAACGUAACGAGUCCUUAUCAUGAUCCUCCCGGGCUUAACCAUAUCAGGGUCACCAUGGCGAUGGCAGCAUGACCUAUGGGCGGCGGCCUUGCAGCUCAUCCUGUCCCCUCCCUCUCUUUCCCCUGAGUGAGAGCAGCCGUGGUGGGCUCCCCUCCCCCUCCCUGGGAGAGGACUGUUUCCAGUACUGUAAAUGUAUAACCUCUGUAUGAUAACUCUGUUCAUAUGUACCUGUAAAUGCUUUAGUCCUGAACACUCUUUCUUAUAACGGCUUCCUUUAGACGGGCAGGAGCCCUAGGGUAGUGGGGAACCUGGUGACCCUCUCAGUAGCAGAUUGUGAGGCUCUGAUUGGCUCCCUCAGGCUGGGCAGCUCCCAGUGCACACGCCCCUUUAUAUACACUAAACCAUGUAGAGCUUUUAUACCAUGUUUUCUUAAAACCCGACUCUAAUAUUUUUGUCUUUUUCAGCGUCGGGGGUUGUGUAACUGAAUUUCUUCUAAUGUGUCCGAACUCUGUGGCCGUUAAAGUCGUGGCUGCACACAAAUGAUAACCAGCUGAUCACGUUUACAGGAGCGAUGAUUCCACGAUCGUUUGGUUUGUCUGGACAGGAGGAGACGAAGCAGAACACGGGUAGAGACUCCACCAGAGUGCGCCAUAUGAUUAAACAGUGACUCCACCA